AUGGAAGACUCCCUCGACAGCCCCUACGGCUUCGCCCUCCGUCGCAGCGGAGGCUGUCUCGACGAUGAAGUCGACUGCGGAGAAACCUGGAAACCUUUCCACACCUGCUGUCCCGGGAGGACCUUCUGUCCCCCAAACCAGAAGAACGUCAAAUGUUGCCCCUCUAAUGCCGACUGUCUGCAGCUGAUCGAAGGCGAUCCGCACUGCGGCAACGGCACUGCCAACAUGUACGACGCCAAAGUGGACGACGAGCAUGGGUAUUUCUGUUGCGAUCCGGCCGAAAAGGGCUUCAUGCGCCCGAAUUCCUUCGUUGGAUGUACCGCCGACAUUGGAGAUUUGGGCGCCUCCACCUCUCUAAUGUCGAUUGUCUCCAAGGGAAUGACAACCCCUACCCCAACCCCAACCCCCUCCUCGAAACCAGCUCCCGCCCCCUCAGCCACAGAAACCUCCGACCUUUCCGGCCCCGAACAGUCCGGCCUCGUCACGGAGGGCGCCGACCAAAACACCGGUACGAACGUUGGCGCGAUCGCCGGCGGCGUCGUGGGCGGCGUUGCCGGCCUGGCUCUCAUCAUCGCACUCCUCUGGUUCCUGCUGCGUCGCCGAAAACAACAACAGUUACAGCAACAGCAACCACCGUCAGUGAACCCCGUGCCCAGGCACGAGUUGCCGGCUUCACCUCGGGUGGAGAUGGCCGUCGACCCCAGUACGGCAGGGUUCUUUGGGAAGAGGGCUCCGACAGAGCUGGAUCCAGAGCCAAGGGCUCGACAGUUGGUACAUGAGUUGCCCGCGGGUGGAUCGGGGGGUAAGGACAUGCCGUCCUAUCGAUGA